GGUAGACAAAAACAUAGAUUGAGCAGAAAACCUGAGCUGUGAGGGAAGUCAACGCGAUUUAACAAAUAAAGACAUGUUCGUGGCGUAAUACUGAAUUUUAAAUCCGUCUUCGAUCCUGAUAAAGUUACAGGCAUAUCAGCAGAGUACUUGGAGUUCCUCGGGUCCUUCUCCUCAAGUGUCAUUUGACGCUUCAAACCAAAACAUUUAUUAGAGGAUGCCCCAGCAGUAGUUAUCAUCUGCUGUUAUUAAAUGUCAAAAACAUACCGUUAACUCAGCAUCUCGAGUACAGAAUUACUUUUGAGGCUUCCUCGCAAUACCCGGAAACAUAGGUACGCAGUUUUACCUGCAUUCACUUAACUUACACCUCGUUAUCAGGAUGCGGAUAACGUUAUCUGUACACAGCUAGCGCGCGGUGCAUUUACAUGACUAAACUGUAAAUAAAAUAAAACACAAAUAAACGUAGGAUAGCAAGAGCGGGAGUUAAGUGUUAAACGAAGUGGGUUUAACACUAUAGAUGUGACAUCGGAGGAAGAAGAGCCUCAUCGUCAGAGCAGAAAAUCUAGAGUCGCGUCAUCAUUUCCGGGCUCCCGGUCAUCGCCGGUAGAGUGGAUCGGGACGCAGGAGCGCGGGGGACAGGGAGCGGAGCGGUGUCCGUGUCCAUACCGAGACUGCGGGACGACAGCAUGGCCGCCGGGAAGGCAGCGAGCACACCGUCUCUCUGGCAGAACGAGCGGCUCCGGUUCAUCGUGUGCUUCUGCGGGGUGUUCGUCUGUUAUUUCUACUACGGGAUACUGCAGGAGACGAUCACGCGAGGAGACUACAGCCACGCGGGGAAGAAGGAGCAGUUUCGUUACGCCAUCACACUAGUCUUCAUCCAGUGUAUCAUCAACUCCGCUUUCGCCAGACUCUUGAUUCAGGUUUUUGAGAGCUCAAAGCAGGACCACACGAGAAGCUGGCUGUAUGGCAUGUGCUCUCUGUCUUACCUGGGUGCCAUGGUGUCCAGUAACUCGGCCCUGCAGUAUGUCAACUACCCCACACAGGUGUUGGGGAAAUCUUGUAAACCGAUUCCAGUGAUGAUUUUGGGUGUCACAAUCCUAAGGAAGAAAUAUCCCAUGGCGAAGUAUCUCUGUGUGUUUCUAAUUGUCACCGGGGUCGCUCUCUUCCUCUACAAACCCAACAAAGGCUCCAGCACAUCAGAUGAACACAUGUCUGGUUUUGGAGAGAUGCUACUGCUGCUGUCUCUGACUCUGGAUGGGCUGACCGGUGUAGCUCAGGACCACAUGAAGGCACGGUACCAGACAGGAGCCAAUCACAUGAUGCUGAACAUCAACAUGUGGUCCACUCUGGUCCUCGGAAUAACUGUGCUUUGGACAGGGGAGGUGUGGGAGUUUUUGUCAUUUGCUGACCGCUAUCCUGGCAUCAUCUAUAAUAUCCUCCUGUUUGGUAUCACUAGCGCUCUUGGACAGACUUUCAUCUUCAUGACUGUGGUGUAUUUUGGGCCGCUCACCUGUUCCAUCAUCACAACCACACGGAAGUUCUUCACCAUCCUGGGGUCUGUGCUGCUGUUUGGGAACAUCAUCAACCCUAUGCAGUGGUUUGGUACCAUCCUCGUCUUCCUCGGCCUUGGACUGGAUGCCAAAUUUGGAAAGUCUCCUAAGAAGACGACAUACUGAAGACUGGAACCCUGUGUGCGCCUGCGUUUGAACCCCUGAAACAAACAUAGACAUUUACUCUAAAACCUUUACCACACUAACUUCAUCAUUGGUGUACUUAAGAGAUGACGUUUUAGCACUCAAAAUAUUGUUAUGCUGAUGUUUGGAACAUUUAAUUAUGGGAUAUAUUUCCCCAUCAUUUUGCAAAAUGGUAUCCUUGGAAACAGAGGAACAGUGCUAAUGUGUGUCUGUGCCUAAUCGUAAUCUGUCAUGCUCAUAUGACAAAAUCGAAAAUAUAAAGGUUGGAUAAAGAUCCAAUUUAAGACUGUAGUCUAUAAAAUGUAGACACACCACAGUUGAUUGUACUUCCUUGAAAGACUCCCUCCAGCGAGGCAACGACUGAAUUUUGUAACUACCCCAAUUCAUACUUUUGACACAUUUCUAUAAAUACCUCCUAGACAUAUGAGAAGUAAAGGGAGUUCACACAUGUGGUCUGACUUAAUUGUAGUCUUAAUUUAGGCUGUAAAUUGUUAAAUGUCUCAUCGUCAUUGCAUUCCCCAGGAAGUGUGUGUGUAUGUAAUGCACAAACAUCUGUAUAGAUGAAAUAUUUGUCAAAAUAUGGCUUUUUCAUACCAGAUGUCAUAUUUAUAUUCAUGUUUCGUGUGUUGUUUGAAGUCAGCAAAACCAAUGUUUAGAAUGUUUACUUCUUUCUGACUAUAUAUAUAUAUAUCUGCAUUAUAAUUACUAUCUUUAUUCCAGAAUAAAAUUGGAGUUUUGUAGAUUAA